CCGAAUUUCUGCAAUUAGACAUAAAUAUAUAUUUAUAUCGACUAGGGAAAAUCGAAAAGUAAAAAGGAAUCAAAUCUCUUUAAAAAGUUCUUUCACUUUUUCUAUUUUUUUCUCUCGGUUACGGAAAAAGCGUACACUAUCGAUAAGCCGGUAUAUCACGCAUAAUAUAAAAUGGUAGCAACCUUGGUAACAGCCGGCAGAUGUUUUGACAGUUCCUCGUUAGUGCCAUUUGCGAUAUGCUUUGUUACGAAAGCGUAACACAAGAUGUAAUUAGCUAAGAAUGAUAAAAUUUUCAAGGUGACUGUUAUCUCACGCAUAUUAGUUUUAAAUACGCAACAUGUACGCCGUCGUUCUAACCUCGUGAGAAGAAAAUAUCCUUAAUUUAUAUGUCGUGAUUAUUCUCAGAAACUUGAAGAGAUGUGAAAUUUAAAGAAACCAUAUAUUCCAACAAAGAAGGGAAAAAUUACAACGCAAGGUUUUCGAUUAGAUCUUCAAAAUGAUCUCCCAAGUGUCGCAUGUGAUGACGCUUGCCAACAGCAUCAUAGGUGUGAGCGUUCUGGCGAUGCCCUUUUGCUUCAAGCAAUGCGGCAUUGUGCUGGCGAUCUUAGUGUUACUUCUAUGCAGCACUCUAUCCCGACUGGCCUGUCACUUUCUCGUCAAAUCGGCUGUAAUAUCGAGAAGACGCAACUUUGAGCUACUUGCUUUUCACGCAUUUGGUUAUAUGGGAAAAUUCUUGGCGGAAUUGUUUAUUAUCGGCUUCAUGCUGGGUACAUGCAUCGCCUACUUCGUCGUUGUUGGUGAUCUGGGACCACAAAUACUCAGCAAGAUAAUGAACAAGACUCCAGGGGACAUUCGCAGCAGUUUGUUAAUCAUCACUGGGGUCUUUAUAGUUUUACCUUUGGGUCUACUUCGAGAUAUCGAUAGUUUAUCUAGCAUUUGCACUGCUACUAUCGUCUUCUACUUCUUCCUUGUAUUGAUGAUAAUUUGGGAGUCAACUCUACACAUAUUUGCGAGAGAUUGGUAUGACGAUGUUAACUAUUGGAGACCAGCCGGUAUUCUCCAGUGCCUGCCGAUAUUUUCGAUGGCUCUUUUCUGCCAAACGCAGCUGUUCGAAAUAUACGAAACCAUUCCGAACGUAUCCUUAGAGAAGAUGAACGACGUUGUACGAGGAGCCUUAAAUAUAUGCACUCUUGUAUAUAUGUGCGUUGGCUUCUUUGGUUACAUUGCGUUCUGCACCCAAUCGUUUACAGGAAACAUUUUACUGAGUUUCGAGCCUACUGUAACGUCCGAACUGAUUAAACUCGGAUUCGUAUUCUCGGUUGCAUUCAGUUUCCCUCUAGUCAUUUUUCCGUGUCGCGCAAGUUUGAACUCCCUUUUAUUUCGCCGGGUGCAUACGCACGAGCCGUCUGUCAAUUACCUGCCAGAGUCCAGAUUUCGAUACCUCACGAUCACAAUAGUCAGCAUUUCUCUGAUCAUCGGUAUUCUAGUGCCAAACAUAGAGUUCGUUCUCGGCAUUGUGGGAUCAACGAUCGGAGUGAUGAUCUGCUUGAUAUUCCCCACGGUGUUCUUCAUAUCUAUGAGCAGCAGAAACACCAAUGAGAGACUAGUAGCGCAGGGCAUUUUGAUUAUCGGCGUUUCGAUUAUGAUUCUUGGUACGUACGCCAAUCUGUACGCUAUGGAGGAGUCUACAAGUGCAAAAGUAGCAGUAACUAAUAAGCCGCUCGGCCAAAUCAACAAUCUACCAUUAAAUAUAAUCAAAGACAAUUUACAUAUCAUUCCCGACAUUCCUGAUGAUCCGGAACUCCUUCCGAGAGCUAAAGACAAAAUUAAUAAAUUACCCGAGAUAAGUGUUCUCGACGAAACAUUGAAUAUAAAGGCGAAAGACGUUCGACAAGAGCCGCCAAUACCCGUUGAACUUGUGAUCCCCACCGAAAAGCCGAGCGUCGAAAAGGCUGAUAAAAUAACAGCAGGCACUCUUGCGCCGGAAAUAAAAGAGAUAGUGGAGACGAUCAAGACAUUAAAUGAGAAUUCUAACGUACAGUCACAGAUUGCCGUGAACACCGAUAUUGUUAAAAUUGAUGAAUCCAUUACGUUGAAGGCGGAAGAGAAGAUAAAGAUAAUCGAGGAGAAGGAACGGUCUAUGGACUUGCAGAAGAACGAUAAUCUCAUUAAUCUGGACGCGAUAAAGAAGGAGGAAUCGGAAUUAGCGGCUGAUGGAGACGUCGCUAAUGCCAGAGCGGCCGAACGGCACGAGCAGCUGAGAAAAACACUGGAGAAGCAUAAACUGGAGCAACGUCAGAUGAUGCAGGAGCAAAAGAAGAUUCUCAAGGACAUCAAGGAGCAAAAGCAAGAGUUCGAAAGGGAGAAGCAGAGAAUAGCGAAGGAUGAGAUACUCAAAAAGACCGAGAAGCAAGACCGAGAGAUAGAAAUUAAGGAGAAUGUCUUAUCAGACGUCAAAAGCGAUUUGAAAGAAAGCGAUAAACGAGCGGAGGAAAAUGAAGUCGAGAAGAGUAAUAAAGAGCCUUUGGAAGAGAAGAAACAGAAUAUCGCAGACGAAGAAAAGCAACAACCCCAAAACGAGAAUAACGAUGUGAACAUCGCGGUAAAAGAUAGCGAGCAAAAGUCACAUCUGUUUCAGAAAAUUUCGAACAACAACGGAGAAUCUCAGAAAAUGCCGGAAGACAAGCCAGAUAAAUCUGCUGCUGUGGAAAACACAGUCGUUGAAGAAGCACCUGAGCAAUCAGCAUUGAAAAUAAAAGAUCAAGAUGAAACAAGAAUAGGAAGGAUAGAACUUAACGAUACGGAAAGUAUGAAGAGUCCUAUCUUGAAUGUGUUGUCGAAGGGAGUUUUGCAGCGGUCUAUCGUGGAAGAAGGACUUGCUAAGGACAAUCAGAUGAAGGAAGAGAGGAGAGAGCUUCUCGCGAAUGAAACUAACAACGCGUCGGACAAAUUGCUGAAGCACGACGACAAAUAUUCUAUACCUAUAGCGUUGAAAAUAAUGAAUCAAUCGAAAUUAGACAAAGCGAUCGCUCCAUCGUUGAAUAAGAGUGAACCGGAAGUUCUCGCUAUACGCAGAGAUAUUCUGCAGAAUAAUGAACGUGAGAAGAGAGACGUCGACGCGGAAGCAAACGCGAACGACGGAAAAAUCAGCGGCGAGCGUCCCACCGAAAAAUCUAAGACUUUUAUCAAAAACGAGGUUGAUGACGCAGAUCGCGAGACUUGCUCAAAAUUGCAGGAAGAUUCGAAGAAAUUCGGAGGAGGAAAAGAAUCUGAAAAGAGAGCGACCAAGUCGAGCACGACGGAAACGCCUUUGAUUAAGACGAAUGUCUAUUUGUCCGAGCAGGAAAUAACAAAGGAAAUUUCUAUGGACGGACGUGUUCCUUUAGACGUGGAAUACGCGAGUAUGCAACAGAGAGAUUUGAAUGCUUUGAAUCCUAAGAAUAAUAUAGAGAUAUAAAUGAUUCGAAAUAACGAAAUUUACGCAGUAUAUCGGACAUUUUGUUUGUAAAUCGCGCUCGAUAUUCGCCGCUGUAUAUAUAUUUCUGUUGGCAAUUAUAAUGUUCAAUCAUUAA